AAGAUUCUAAUGGAUAAUAUAAUAACAUAACAACAACAUAAAUUUAACAUAGUAUGAUCAAAACUAUUCAACACUUCAUAUAUACUUUCCCACCAAAGAGUUCAUACUUCCAUACCAAUGGAGGCUUUCUCAGUCACCUCAACUACCAUUCCCUCCUCUCUAACACGUAGAGAGGCUGCAGCAGUUAAACCUUCUGGCCAUGUCAACCUUUCCAAAUACUCACAUUUCAUCAACUAUCCUUUCACCACAACACCUUGCAAGAACAGAAUCCGUAGCAAUAUCAUAAGGGCUCAAGUUUCAGGUUCAACAAAAUCUAGUACUGCUGAGGGGAUUCCUGAGAAAAAAGAUUCCAAGGAUGAUAAUUUAGUAUUUGUUGCUGGUGCUACUGGAAAAGUUGGUUCAAGAACAGUCAGGGAGCUUAUAAAGCUUGGUUUUAAAGUCAGAGCUGGCGUAAGGAGUGCGCAGAGAGCUGGUUCAUUGGUUCAGAGUGUUAAACAAUUGAAGCUUGAUGGUACAAGUGGAGGGAGUGAAGCUGUAGAGAAGCUUGAAAUUGUGGAAUGUGAUUUGGAGAAGCCAGAACAGAUUAAAUCAGCAUUAGGGAAUGCAUCAACUGUAAUAUGCACCAUUGGUGCCAGUGAGAAGGAAAUUUUCGACAUUACCGGACCUUAUCGAAUAGAUUACAUGGCCACCAAAAACCUAGUUGAUGCCGCAUCUGUUGCCAAAGUAAAUCACUUCAUAUUGGUUACUUCACUGGGAACAAACAAAUUUGGUUUUCCUGCAGCUAUUCUCAAUUUAUUUUGGGGAGUCUUGUGUUGGAAAAGGAAGGCAGAAGAAGCAUUGCUAGCAAGUGGACUUCCAUACACAAUAGUGAGACCUGGAGGCAUGGAGAGGCCUACUGAUGCUUACAAGGAAACUCAUAAUGUAACCCUAUCAACUGAAGAUACUUUAUUUGGUGGUCAAGUGUCAAACCUUCAGGUUGCUGAACUCAUGGCAGCCAUGGCUAAGAAUCCCGAACUUUCAUAUUGUAAAAUAGUGGAGGUCAUUGCCGAGACAACUGCGCCAUUGACACCUGCGGAAAAACUUCUUGCGAAGAUACCUUCUCAACGCCCUUACAUUCCUUCACCUAAGAAGGUACAGGAACCAGAUACUGCAGCUGUUAGUAGUCCAGCUCCCUCAGCUAAUGUCACGGAAGCAGUACCUAGCAUUGCCCCUCAGAAAGAAACAGAACAACCAGAACCAGUGGCAGAAGUACCUAGCAUCACUCCUCAGAAAGAAACAGAACAACCGAAACUAGUGGCAAAACAGCCGCUUUCUCCUUAUACUGCUUAUGAGGAUUUAAAACCACCGUCAUCCCCUUCCCCAGUUAAGCCUAGUGACAAGAAGCAGAUAAAUAUCAGUGAUGCAGUGCCAACACCUAGUUCUUCAGAUGCUCCAAGUAGCAUUCCAGAAAUAAAUGUCAUUUCUCAGACAACAACUUCCUCAAAAGGGAAGGAGUCUCUUUCUCCUUUUGCAGCAUAUCCCGAUUUAAAGCCUCCUAGUUCACCAUCUCCUAAUGCACCAACUACAUCAAUAUCCACAUCUUCUGUGGGUGAGGUGGCCAAGAUUGAGGAAGAAUCAAGUAAUGGCCCAGCUCAACUUUCAGUGGAAGAUACCCCAAAGGAUGAUGGACAGAAUCUCCAUGAGCCAAAGUCAAGACCACUUUCACCUUAUGCAAUGUAUCCUGAUUUAAAGCCUCCUAGUUCACCAUCUCCUAAUGCACCAAAUACAUCUUCUGUGGGUUUGGUGCCCAAUAUUGAUGCAGUAUCCACAUCUUCUGUGGGUGAGGUGCCCAAUAUUGAUGCAGUAUCCACUUCUUCUGUGGGUGAGGUGCCCAAUAUUGAUGCAGUAUCAAGCAAUGGACCAGCCCAACUCUCCGUGGAAGAUACACCAAAGGAGGAUGGACAGGAUCUCCAUGAACCAAAGUCAAGACCACUUUCACCUUAUGCAAUGUAUGAGGACUUGAAGCCUCCUGCAUCACCAUCACCUUCCUUCAGACAAUCCUAGGAACUGCCUCCUGCCUAUGGAAUCAGAUAAGGAUUAUUGUAUUGAAGAGGAUUCUCACUAAAAUAUGAAGAUGGAAGCAACUAUGUGAAUGGAAAUUUUCAGCCAUGCCAUUUAUUUCUUGAUGACUUUUUGAGGAAAGUCACUCAACGAGCACUGUUGUUUUUUUUAUAUAUACAAUUUACUUUUCCUAUGUUGCAAUUUAAAUAAGGAAAAGGUAUUACUUUUCAUAAUCAGUUUUUCCAUUUAUGUUAUAGUACUUUCAUUUUCAUGUU